AUGUCUCUGGCCAGGGCGAGGGAGGCCUGCAGGAUUUACCUGAAGGACGAGCUGCCGCUGGACAAGGACCCUCGUGAAGUCAUCCAGCGCUUUCGGGCAACGGUGAACAUGUUACCGGAGGAGUUGGAGGAGUGGCUGCUUAGCGCGGAUAGCCGGCAGGCAGUGGAGCAGGCGGCGGAGGAGGCAGACAGGAAUGGGAGGCAUGUGGCGCGCAGGAUUGUGGAAAUGCUGCAGAAGGACGAUGAGUGCGUGUAUGAAGCGGAUCUCGAACAAAUGAACCAGAUCACGCAGUACAUCUCCUGCCACCGCCGCCUGCUGGAGGAGAAGGGCAACGCGCUGGAUCCUCUGGAGCUUGCUCACCUGAAGAACUUUGGGUUUGAUUUGCACAAGGCCGUCAACGCGCCAGCAGCAGCGGGGCAAGCUGGCGGCGGCAGCAAGCCAGCCGCAGCUGCUGGCGGCGGUCGGAUGGGAGGCCAGGCCGAGCCACAGCGGAUGGAGCCGUGA